AUUUUCGCCACUUUAAGUAAUCACAAUAACCCUUCUUCUUUAGCUAUCUCUCUCAUGGAUUCUCUAUUGUUUUCAGAUAUCUGCAGGCACCAUGUUUCAGCCUUUGCUAUGUUGGAUUUUGAUCAAUCAAAACAUAAAAAACUUGGGUUUUUCUUUGACAACAACUUUGGUUUUGCUAGUAAACCAGAAAGGCGAGGCUUAACGAUAACCCGUGUAGCAAACCCAUCAAGACCGGUGGUUGUUCCGUCUCUGGAUAAAGAAACCGUCAACCCGGAUCGGAACCAUGUUGCAUGGACCAGUGUGAGACAAGAACGAUGGGAAGGAGAGCUGCUUGUACAAGGAGAUCUACCUCUAUGGCUGAAAGGAACGUACCUCAGAAACGGCCCUGGUUUAUGGCACAUAGAAGAUUAUAACUUCCGUCACCUCUUCGACGGCUACGCCACGUUAGUUAAGCUCCACUUCGAGAACGGCCGGUUAAUCGCCGGUCACCGCCAAAUCGAAUCUGAAGCCUACAAGGCUGCAAAGAAAAACAAGAAGAUUUGCUUCCGGGAAUUCUCGGAAGUUCCCAAAUACGAAAACUUCAUGGCCUAUGUAGGAGACCUCGCAAAGCUACUCUCUGGUGCUUCUUUAACAGAUAAUGCCAACACAGGCGUCGUGAAGCUCGGCGAUGGCCGUGUAGUUUGCUUGACGGAAACUCAAAAAGGGUCCUUAGUUAUCGACCCCGAGAGCUUGGAAACACUCGGGAGGUUCGAAUACAGUGAUAGCCUUGGAGGGUUGAUACACUCGGCUCAUCCUAUAGUGACUGAUGCGGAGUUCUUGACUUUGUUGCCUGAUUUGGUGAACCCUGGUUACAUGGCGGUUCGGAUGGAGCCGGGGACUAAUGAACGGAAGGUGAUCGGAAGGGUCACCUGCAGGGGCGGACCGGCUCCAGGUUGGGUACAUUCAUUUCCGGUGACUGAGCAUUAUGUGGUAGUGCCUGAAAUGCCAUUGAGGUAUUGUGCACAAAAUUUGCUCCGGGCUGAACCUACUCCUUUGUACAAAUUCGAGUGGCAUCCUCAAUCUAAAGCCUUUCUUCAUGUUAUGUGUAAAGCUAGUGGAAAAUUAGUGGCGAGUGUCGAAGUACCAUUAUUUGUGACAUUUCAUUUCAUCAAUGCAUACGAAGAGAAAGACGAAGAUGGGAGACUGACAUCGAUCGUUGCUGAUUGUUGCGAACACAACGCCGACACCACGAUUUUGGAUAAUCUAAGGCUUCAAAAUCUACGGUCUUUCAACGGGGAGGACAUACUACCAGAUGCAAGGGUUGGAAGAUUCAAAAUUCCAUUGGAUGGGAGUCCUUAUGGGACGUUGGAGGCAGCAUUGAACCCUGAUGAACAUGGAAGAGGCAUGGACAUGUGCAGCAUCAACCCUGCUUUUCUAGGUAAAAAAUACAGAUAUGCUUAUGCUUGUGGAGCCCAACGCCCAUGUCACUUCCCCAAUACCCUAACCAAGCUGGAUUUUGCGAAGAAACGGGCAAAGAAUUGGCACGAUGAGGGGGCAGUGCCAUCGGAGCCAUUCUUUGUGGCUCGACCAGGUGCAACCGAGGAAGAUGACGGUGUUGUAAUAUCCCUAAUCAGUGAGAAGAAUGGAGGCGGAUAUGCUCUAGUGUUGGACGGUUCAACAUUCCAAGAAAUUGCAAGAGCAAAACUUCCUUACGGUCUACCUUAUGGGUUGCAUGGAUGUUGGGUACCCAAGAAAUAAAA